AUGGCGGACGCGGAGCCGGGGACCGAGGGCGGCAGCGAGCACGGCGGCGGCGGCGGCCGGGCUCCCCCCGGCCAGGGCCGCAGCGCGGCGCACGUGGCCCCACUGGGCCCCGAGCAGCUGCAGCGGGUGCUAGAGCAGGUGACGAGGGCGCAGCCGCCGCCGCCCUUCGUACUGCAGGACGCGGCGCGGCGGCUGCGGGACGUGGCCCAGCUGGCCGCCCUUCAGCGGCCUCCGGGUGCCGAACCCCCGCUCCCGCCGCGCCUGCUGCCGCCCCAGCAACUGGAAGCCAUUUGUGUCAGGGUGACAUCUGGAGAUAAAGGUCAUGAGAGGCCAGUGCGCCCACUGGCCACCAUCCGACCCCAGACCGGAGGACAGCGCCCAUUGCCCGGGAGCCGGCCCAGCCCAGUAGGGCUUGGGGUGCAGCCUGUGGCUCCUGGGGGACCUGUGCCAGCCAAGAGGGCGAAGGCCGCACCUGCCCCAGGUGGCCUGGGCACCACACCGACCCCUCUGCCAGCCUCUGACCCGCCCUCGGGGCCACCUGCUGUGUCAGGCUCAGCACAUUCGUCCCCGGCUGGCUGGCACACAGAGAGGGUCAAGAAGCUUAAAAAGUCUCUGAAGGUGAAAACGCGUUCUGGACGGGUAUCCCGGCCUCCCAAGUACAAAGCCAAAGACUAUAAAUUCAUCAAGACGGAGGACCUGGCGGAUGGGCGGCCAUCGGACUCAGAUGACUACUCAGAGCUGAGUGCUGGGGACGAGGAGGAGCAGCAGGACCCACAGGCGCUGUUCGCUGCCACCAGCUGUGCCCUGCAGCCCCGGGCCUUCCGAUGCCCCACCUGUGACAAGGCCUACAUUGGGCAGGGUGGGCUGGCCCGGCACUGGAGGCUGAACCCAGGCCAUAGCUCACUGCAGCCUGCACCGUUCCCCGAGAAGGGGCACACGGAGGCCAGCACUGGGCGUCUGGCCUCCCUAGCGCCGCCCACACUGCUUGCACCCUGCCAGGACAGGGCAGAGACAGCACAGGGCGGCCCGCAGAACGCUCAGUGCACAGAGGGUGUGGAGGCGAUGGUGCUGGAGCAAGACAACAAAAGUCACUCAGCUCUGGGUUUUCCACGUGGAGAUGCCGAGGGCCCGGCAGAGUCAGGCACAGCCAUCAUCCGGAGCGGGGCAGCCCAGCCGAGUGGAGGGCAAGCUGUGGCUGCAGGGCCCAGCACCUGCAGGAGCAGAGCCCGGCUGCAGGAGUCGCUCCAGCAGUGCGGCCCAGAGGACCUGGUGGAGCUGGUGCUGCCCCAGCUGGCGCAGGUGGUGACUGUCUACGAGUUUCUCCUGGCGAAGACCAAGGAGGGCCGUGCAGGGCAGCCCCACUUCCCGGCCGUGUAUAAGGAGUUCGAAGAGCUGCACCGCAGGGUCAAGGCCAUGUGUGAGGAGCACCUCAGCCGGGCGGGCCCUGCUUCUCCAGACCCCCUGGAAGUCAGCGCCCCUCAGGUGGCUGAGUCCUUAGGAAUCACAGAAUUCCUGAGGAAGACAGAAGCACACCCAGACUACACUGGAGCCCAGUGCCACAGUCUGGGGAGGGCCGGGCCGAGGCCUGAGGAAGCCGGCAGUUGGCAGGGGGUGUGUGAGGCUGCACAGGAAGUGCCUGCAGCACGGAAGCCCCAGCAAGCACCUCUGCCCUCGGGCGGCCCUGAGCACCCUGCUGCCCAUGGUGCAGCCUGGGAGAUCCCUGAGCCGGGUGUGCCCACUGCCAGUGAGGGUUUCACCCCUCCCCGUUCUGAAGGCAGCCGCAGGAUGACAGUUUCCAAUGGUGACCUAAGUGUGUCACACCCAGGUCCGCAGCUUAAAGUAUGUGCUGACUCCGAAGCCAGAUGUGGGUCUGCAGGGCCUGCUGUCCUGUGUGGGGACAGCUGUGGACCAGCUCCCUGUGCCCAGCUUAGAGAGCCCAAGGAGAGUGAUCCCGACAGCGGGGCCACCCCCGGGAGUCCAGGAGUCUGCAGCACCCCAUCACCAGAAGCUGCAGGUGCAGAGCCAGGGAGGCCGGGCGCUGGGCCCAUGGCCCCACCAUUCGAGAUUGCGGCCAUGGACAUCAGGCCAGAGGGCUGUGCUGGCAGGACUGACCCAGCUGGGUUGCCAUUAACUACAGGAAGCCACGCCCAGGACCUGCAGCAGCUCCUCCGAGGGAUGGAAGUGCACCUGGGCCAGGGAGGCCUGGAACAUGUGGUUGCUGUCAGGGAUGCCGUGGGUUUUGAAAUCACAAAUGGGUCCCCAGAGGUGUUGUCUGAGGCCCAGGAGCAGAUCUUCAUCCAGGCUGCUGACGGGCUCCUCCUGCCCCAUGCCGGUUCUGUAGUGACCCCAGAGAGUGCUGUCUUAGUGACUGGCAUAGCAGGGCGGGGCCUGCAUGUCGGGCCCCUAGAAGGCACCCCCCUCCCUGUGCAGGCAGAGCCCUCCCAGUGAGGCCAGCAGAGGCGUGGCCUGUAUCUGUGCUUUAUCCGGAGUCCAUGGUGGGCAGCAGUGUUUCCUAAUGUUAACCCUGACACAGAUGAGCCUUGGGUAUAUAGAGUAACGUCUAGGGCCAGGCGCAUAAUCCCUAAGUGCCUGUAAUCCCAGCACUUAGGAGGCUGGGGGAGGAGGAUCACCAUGACUUCAAGGCCGGCCUGAACUACUUAGGGAGUCCCUGUCUCCAAAAACAAUUAGAUACCCUAAUCUGGUAGGGUGUGCCCCUUUGGAGCAAUGGUGGGGUGACUUACUGGGGUCUAUAGGGAGCUGGAGCUCAGGAAAAACUCAGUAUUUUGACAGUAUAUUUGUCAGUCAGGUUUUUGGGGUUUUUUUUGACAGAGUCUCAAUAUGUACUUCAGGUUGGCCUUGAGCUAUGUAGCCCAGGCUGGCCCCCUGGCUUGGGGCAAUCCUCCAGCCUCAGUCUCCCAAGUGCUGGGAUUACAGGUGUGCACCACCAGGCCCGGCUUGUAGUCUUCUUUUGAGGCUGUUUUGUUUCUCCGCAAGUAUUUGUUCUUUGGAGCCGUAGUUUCUGUGUUACCGGGCUAUACCGGUCCCACAGCCUGGAGUCCCUUGGAUUGCUUUCUCUGGGGAGGAAAUCACCCAUACACGAAGCCCAGGCUGUGCUCCUGUGACAUGCACAUGUCUAUGCUCUUUGCUCCACGGGUCUGCUGAGCUGGAUGUCUUCCCCCUGGUCCUGGGGUCUCUGCAGAAGUUUUGAUUUGGGUUUGAGGCCUUUGUUCUGAGCACAGGGCUGAGCUUGUAGUAGGAGGGGGAGGAGAGAAAGCAGAAGCUAAGGCUGCACCCAUGGGCACAGGAGUCCAUGUACCAAAGGAAGCGCACCCACCACUGCCAAUUAGCAGCAGAGCCUUGGGCCAUGCAUGCCUGGCCCUGGGCAUUUCCUCAUCUGGAAAAGGACAAAGCAGAGGCGCUGCCCUGAGCUGUCUGCUUGCCUGGAUGAGCUGGGUGUGGUGGUACACACCCGGUGUCCCAGCUACUCAGCAGGCUGAGGCAGGAGGGUCACAUGUUCCAGGCCAGCCUGGGCAACCUCCUGAGACCCUGAGUCAGAAAGGCCUGGGGAUGUAACUCCGUGGCACAGCAUCUCUUGAGUUCAACCCCCAGUACCACCAACGAAGGUCUUGAUGAACUUAGCUAAGUAGCGUGUUCAUGGCUAAAUGUCAGAAUGCUAAAAUGGCACAAAAGCUCAUUUGAAAGGGCUAGGGAUGUUGCUCAGUGGCACAGCAUUUGCCUGGAGUACUCAAGGCCCUGGGUUCCAUCCCCAGCUCCCACACUGUGUUUAUUCAGUGUCACAAGGUCGCACAGAGCUCCUGGCCCGCCGCCCCCUCAGCGCGCACACCAUGGCCAUUGUGGGGAGGUGGCUUUCAUCUCCAGGAUGCCACUCUACCAGACUCCACACGUUAUUUG